AAAUCAAAUUUGAUCCGAAAUUCAAAAAUCCGUGCUGGCACGACAAGAAGAAAUUGGUCUGUUUGCCAUACAUGUUCAUCAUUGGCGUUAAAAAGUGUGGAACCAGCGACCUCUUCUUUCGGACAGCAAUGCAUCCGGACUUCGCGCAUCCCGGCUUCAAGGAAGCGCAAUGGUUUGCGCGCAGACGCUUCACAAAAGACAAAAGUAUGGCUGAUUUCAGCGCUUACAUCUCAAUGUUUGACAAGGCUGCAAACAAGGUGUACAAAGGUGCAGAACUGAUGCCACACGAAAGCUUCACGAACCAACGGACAAUAACAGGAGAAGCAAGUCCCUCCAACCUUCAUCUCAACUCUCACUGGCAGACAUUGCCAGGCAACGAGAAUGCUGAUGAGCCUAGAUACGUGAUUCUUGAUUACAUCCACCAUAUUUUGCCGGCCGCAAAAAUAAUCAUCACCUUCAGAGAUCCGAUAGAUAGACUUUACUCGGACUACUUCCACGAGUUUGGUACUCUACAGAACCGCAACGACGUCGGUCCCGCGCACUUUCAUGAGGUUGUAACGGAAGGCAUCGAUCUGUACAGAAAAUGCUUUGAACACCGCACUGUCCGCAGUUGUGCGUACGACCACUCACUUUACGACACCACGAAGAUGCAGGUGCAACUUGGAAUUUAUUAUAUAUACUGGCAAGAACUGACGCGACUUUUCUCACGUGACAACAUCCUCGUGCUACAAAAUAAAGAUAUGAAGUACAAAGAAAGGACAAUGAAGAUGGUUUACAAUUUCCUUGGCCUCCGUGAGUUAACAGCCGUGGAAAUGCAGAGUGUUGUGAAAUCCCAGGAGCAAUACAUUCGAAAGGCCUCGUAUAAAGAAAAGGGUCCUAUGUUGAAGGAGACACGUGAACUGCUGACGGAAUUCUACCAACCUUUCAACGAAAAAAUGGCGGAAUUGACGGGAGAUUCUCAGUUUUUAUAUAUGGAUACUUCUUGAAUGACGGAGAUGCUUAUUGUGUUGGCUUUGAAACAUUGUUCAUCGAUGCAUAUUAUAAUGCGUUGAGCGGGAUACACCUACUCGUGGUUUUAUAAAAAAUAUUUCUUUAGAUUUUGACCAUAUCUAAGAUAACAUGUAUUUUAUUUUAUUUCCGCCACAGAUUGUUUCCGUUUAUUAGAACGAUAUUGUUUCAUUUUAUGUUCCCAAGCAUGUCCAUACUUAGAUUUCAAUAAUGAAACCAGUGUUUUUUCAUCAUUUUGGGAAUGGGUGCGGGUCCCUUUGGAUUUGGAAAAAUUAGCGUCGUUUUGGCUUAAAUUGGGAAAAAAGUGUUGCUGUCUUUUUAUUAACAAAUGCUUAAACAUUGAGAAUAAAAGUGAUGUGAAUACAUUAACUAAGGUUUAACUUCCAGAGCUUGCUGUUAGAUGAACUCAAUGUUGAGAUUUAUUUGUAUUUUUUUUAACCUUCAAUUGGGAAUUUUUGGAUCCCAUUUGAAAAAAAACCAUAUACGUUUUUCCAUUGGAAAUGGGGUCCCCUACAGGCCCCAAGUUUGAACGACAAAACACACACACUUCAAAUCAAUUAUUAAGACAGAAACUUUCAUAUGGCAACACAAUUCUUUCAAAAAGAACGAAGUACUUGCCCAUCAUUUGCGUUUCAAGAUGUAUUAUUAUUAUUAUUAUUAUAAAAUCCACAAUUGAUGGGGUUGUACGCACUUAUUUUUUAAUCCAUCGUAUAUGAACUGAAUGAUAGUUUGUUACGUGUAUAAUAUUUAAAUGAAUACUAUUUUUCUAAUUAAUUUUUAGGUUAGUGAUUGUUGUUUGUUAACAUGAUUACAUAACAUGCUUUGACAUACAUAAAUCGGUUUUAUAUCGUCGACGAUUGAUGAUUUUUUAUGUUAGGAAAGUACAUGUGUGAGAUUCAAUGAUGAAGUCUCUCCUCGUCUUAACGACGCUAUUUUCAAGGGAUUUCCAUAUUUGACUUUUCAGAUACGUAAUUUAUAUGCCGGAAACAAAAAACCCCAUUAAUUGUUAUAUUAUAAAGA